AUGUUAUCAUCUCGGAGCUCGAAAAACCUACUUCCUGGGCUAGCUCGCCAUAAACUUGUUGUCCAACCAUAUGCGUCAACAAGGCAUUUCAGUCUCGCCAAAAGUAGUGGCGUUCAGAAAGAACGGGUUGUGAUACUCGGUUCGGGCUGGGCAGGCUACGCAUUUGCCCGGACCCUUGAUCCAGCCAAGUAUGAACGAGUCGUUAUCUCGCCGCGGUCUUACUUUGUCUUUACUCCCUUACUCGCCUCCACCUCGGUGGGAACUCUCGAGUUCAGAACGAUUAUUGAGCCCAUCAGGAGGUUGCCGGGGAAGAUUGGCUUCUACCAGGGCUGGGCCGAUGACAUCGACUUUGACCGCAAGAGAAUCCGUAUCGAAGCGAACGCGGCCGAGGAGGCGGCGAGCAAGACGGUUGUUCCAGGCCCCUUCACACCGCAAUCCGAGCAGGGCGACACAGAGAAGGCUGUGACGGCCCAAGGCAAGAGCGUCAAGGGCGACUUGAUCGACAUCCCUUACGACAAGCUUGUAAUUGCCUGUGGCGCUUACAGCCAAACUUUCGGCAUUGAAGGCGUCCGCGAGCACGCCCACUUCCUGCGUGACAUUGGCGACGCGCGGCGCAUCCGCUUGCGCAUUCUUUCGCUCUUUGAGCAAUGCUCAUACCCUCAGGGGUCUGACCAUCUCAGCGAUGCCGACAAGCGGCAGCUUCUGCAUUUUGCCAUCGUGGGCGGAGGGCCCACCGGCAUAGAGUUUGCCGCUGAGUUGCAUGACCUCAUCCGCGACGAUCUCGCGCCCUUGUAUCCUCAUCUGAUGUCCCUGGUUAGCAUCACUGUCUACGACGUGGCGCCCAAGGUCCUCCCUAUGUUCGACCAGGCGCUGGCGAAGUACGCCAUGGACACGUUUUCGCGGCAGAACAUCCAGGUGAAAACCGAGCACCAUCUGGAGCGACUCCGCCUUGCCGACGGCGAGUUGGGGCGCCGCCACGGCGCGCUCAAGAUCAGAAUCAGGGAGUACGGCGACGAAGAGGUCGGCGCGGGCCUGGUAGUCUGGAGCACCGGGCUCAUGGCCAACCCGCUGAUCGCCGAGCUCGCGGCAAAACAACUCGCCUCCCCGGGCCCCAACCCCCCCUCCAACGCCUCUUCCACAACCCGCCACCUCCUCCGAGACUCCCGAACCGGCGGCAUCAUGACGGACCCGCACCUCCGCGCACUCACCUCCACCGCACCUACUGAAGCCAGCUCCGAACCCAAACGCAGCAUCCUCGAAGACGUCUACGUGAUCGGUGACUGCGCGGUCAUGGAAAACGAGCCUUCCCUACCGAAAACUGCGCAGGUGGCGUCGCAGCAGGCGACACACCUGGCGCGGCGGCUCAACGCGGGCGGGGCCGAGGCGGUCGCCAGCAGGGCGUUCCGGUUUCGCAACUGGGGGACGCUGACGUACCUCGGCAACUGGAAGGCCAUCCACCAGAGCGAGGUCGACGCGCUCCGGGGGUGGGUUGCGUGGGUCGUCUGGCGCGGGGCCUACCUCACCAAGAGCAUGUCGGUACGCAACAAGAUUCUCGUGCCGAUUUAUUGGAUGAUUUCGUGGCUCUUCGGGAGGGGUAUCAGUCGGUUUUGA